CAGUGAGGGCAUUAGGACCAAGAAAAAAGACACACACACACACACACACACUGCUCUGUUAUGUCUGGCAAAGUGUGUACUUAUGUGUGAAACUCAGCCUGAGUAGUUUGCAUCAAUUGAUCUUGAAGCAUCAGAGGAGAGGGAGAAAAAACUGUCAACUCUGCUUUCAACAGAAAGUCCUUUUCCUCUGCAUCUCUGACAACAUUUGGAAUUUAUUUCUGCUGUUGCAGCCAACCCGUGGAGGAAAACCAUCAAGACAAUUUGGAGUUGUUGUUUUCCCACCCCCCUUUCAGAAUUAGAAGGAAAUCAGUUCAACUUUUAAGAUACUUUUAAUGGACUUUUUGGCCGACUCGUCGCAUUUUCACCACAAACAGAAACAAAGCUGGAACUCUGUACAAUGACAAGAGAUCAUUCUUCUGCUAAGCGAAUCCAUCUAAUCUGUGAGGUCUCCUUCCCAAGUAAAUAUAGCCAUUCUAAGAGCUAGGGUUUUGUUCUCUCUGGAUGCAAGUAAAGGAAUGAAGCAUCAGCGGUAAUAUCCAAAGAGGAUGGAAACCUGUUGGCUGGUCCCCCAAGGGGUUGCAAUGAAACCAGACAACUGCUCCACGAGGCAUGUGUGACUGGCUUUUAACAUGACAAUCUGUGUGACUUUGCUACUGGAACUAUGUACCCAAGGACAAGAUGCAGGUAUGGGCCACCGAAACUGCAGUUUCUCUUGCUGGUGCUAAUGCUGGCCUUUCUGCUGAUGAUGGCAACAAUGCUGAAUCCACCCGUUAAAGAUCUGAACAAGGAGAUGAUACUCCAGCUUGCAAGGUCUGUCCCUAAAGAAGGCUACCGUGUGGAUUUUGGUGAAACUCAAGAGAUCUUAGAUGCUCAGGAGGACAGCCAGCAGAAUUUGCCCCUGGAGGGGCUGUCGCCUUUCAUCUCCCUAAAGGAAGAUGAGCUCUUGGUGGCUGUAGAGUCACUCACAGCCAAGAGAAACCAUAGCAGAGCCAUGAAAGGAUACCGAAUGGUCGGGCAGCAAAACAGAAGGCAAGAGGAGAGCAAACAGGUGCGAGGACCCGAGUUCCUGCUGAAAUCUCUUUCUCUGCAGGGUGGAGAAAGGACUGGGGCAAGUGAGCUGGCAAUAGGUGGCCUGGAAACUUAUGGGUUUAAUGAAGCACUCAGCAAACAGAUCCCUCUGCACAGGGAGCUACCUGAGGUACGGCAUUCUUUGUGCUUGAAGCAAGAACCCAGCCUCAGUCGGCCUACAGCAAGUGUCAUUAUCGGCUUCCAUGAUGAAGCCUGGUCUACUCUCUUGAGAACAGUGCACAGUGUCUUGGAUACAGCCCCGAAGGACUUUCUCAAAGAAAUCAUCCUCGUAGAUGACCUGAGUGAGCAAGGAUUUCUGAAGUCAUCCCUGAGUGACUACAUCUCUAAGCUGGCAGGUGUGAAAUUGAUUCGGAGCAACAAAAGGCUGGGGGUUGCCCGAGGCCGCAUGCUUGGUGCUGCCCGAGCCACAGGGGACGUUGUGGUCUUCAUGGACUCCCACUGCGAGUGUCACAGAGGUUGGCUGGAGCCUCUCUUGGACAGACUAGCAAGCGACAGAAGACGGAUUGUCUCUCCUGUCAUCGAUGUCAUUGACUGGAAGACCUUUGAGUAUUAUCACUCUGCGGGCCUGCAAAGAGGUGUUUUUGACUGGAAAUUAGAUUUCCACUGGAAGCCACUGCCAGAACGCGAAAAGAAGGUACGACAGUCUCCCAUCAGUCCCAUCAGGAGUCCAGCAAUACCCGGGAUAGUAGUAGCAGUGGACCGACAUUAUUUCCAAAAUACAGGGGGUUAUGAUUCUGACAUGACCCCGUGGGGAGCUGAAAAUAUUGAGUUAUCUAUAAAGGCCUGGCUCUGUGGUGGCUCCGUAGAAAUCAUUCCAUGCUCCCGGGUGGGACAUGUCUAUCGAACAGGCAUACCAUACAACUUUCCUGCUGAAGAAGCUGUAGAGAGGAACAAAAUCCGGAUAGCUGAGACCUGGCUGGGUUCAUUUAAAUAUCUCUUUUACCAACAGGACAAAAUGGCACGCUUAAUUGAGAAGACUGAGAAGCUGAACUGCACAGAGCGUGUUCUACUGCAAAAGAGACUGGGAUGCAAAAGUUUCCAGUGGUUUAUCUCAGAUGUGUAUCCUGAAUUAUACCCACUCCAACAUGGACCAAGAUUUUCAGGCAAGCUGUACAAUACCGGGGUUGGACUCUGUGCAGAGUACAGAACUCAACAGGAUGCUGGUGGUGGUUGUCUUGCGCUGUCACCUUGUAGUGAUAAUAUCAACCAGCACGUUGAAUACAAUGGCAUGAAGGAAAUCUGUUUUGGUUCCAUGCCCCAGCUUUGCUUUGAUGUCGAACAUGAAAAAGUUGUCCUUCAAAACUGUACGAAAAAGAUGGAAAACAGCUCACAGCACUGGGAUAUGAAAGAGAAUGGAAUGAUUGUCCAUUUUCUUUCCGGUAAGUGCAUUGGGGUCAUGAAGACAGACUUUUGUCUACAGAAAUGUAACAAAGAGGCCAAUCUGAUGUGGCGAUUUGAUCAUUCAUACCAUGUCGAUGAGAGAUGACUAUGAAGACCUCCCUGAACCCCAUUAUUGCUUCAUCCAUUUGAUUCCAAGGUGCAAGAAAAGGGGAGCUGAGUAUGUUUUCUUGGAACAAAAAAUGGACAACAUAGCAGAUGCCUAAGUCAUGCAUUCCCACCAAAAUUUUACCAUAGUGUUUUGGUAUAGCAGUGAAUGCCGGGUUGAUUCCAGGAAACAGGAGAUACAGAAGAGAAGAAAUUACUUUUGUUUAUGCUGCUUUCAGGUUGCACAGAAUGCUUCACUAGGCAAUAUGGAAAGAUAUCAUAAAGACCAGCUACACAGAUGCAAGAUACUGAGAUAUUUUUCUUUCAAUGAAUCUUAUGGAACAAACUGCCAGAAGGCACAUGUUUAAUUUAGUAUGUUGUAUAAUUUAUGAAAAGUAGGUUAAAACUAUUCUUCUUGAAACUGGAAAAAAUAUUUUCUGGAGAGCACCAGUAGGACUCAAGUGGAGGCCUCACGAGCUAAACAAACAUUCCUGAUCAAUAUAUUGAAAAUUACUGCCAAAGGUUCCUUAAAUGAACAUCUAAAAACAAUUCUGUAUAUAAAAACAAUUAAAACAAUUCCAACGCAGAUGUAUAACAGGACAAAGGUAUGUACUUAAAAGGCUUGUUGAGAGAGGAAGAUCUUCAGCAGAUGGUGAAAGACUAGAGACAGUGCUUAUGUAAUGUUUUACAGGAAGACAUUCCAAAGGUUGGGGGCCCCCCACACUCAAAGCCCAAUUUCUAUAAGGAAUGGAAGAGACCACCUGAAAAAAAAUGCCCCAAUGAAUUUUCUCAUGUUAGUCUUUGUUUGCCACUGAGCCCAAGGAACACAGUGGGAGAAAUCAUGUCCAAAUACUUAGAUGUGGGAAGAUUGUGGUCGUAGCUUUGCCAGGUCAAUGUCAAACACCAAAGCCAAAUGUCUGGGAAGGUUUUUAUGCUGAUGUAAAACUAAAUUAAUUCAAAUGCAUAAGAUGAUUUCAGAUUUAAGCAUAUAUUGUUGUGUGUGGCAAAUAGGUCCCCACUUACUCCAUAAUGGGAGUUCAAGAGAACCUGCAGAAUGCUUGUACUGUUCACAUCAUGGAUUGCAUAUAGUCUUUGGUUAAUUUAUCAAAAGUAAAGCCCUAUUUUUGCAGGCGAAGAUGACAAAACUGACUCAACCAGUGAAUGGGAGGGGCGAAACCAAUGAGACAAAAUACGCUCCUGCUUUGUUUGGUAUGGAAAAGAACCAAGGACACAGCACGGCUACUUUUCUUUAUUAAGGAAAAUACAGUGAGCAAGGAAAACUCGGCUUUCCUGAGUGGAAAUUCUACAUUUGGGUGAUCUUUCACGAUCUGUGUGGGGCUGGCAAACAGAACUGCUGAACGAAGUUUGGCUUAACUUGGCAGGCUGACAAAUCCUCCUCUGAAAAGAACUUUCAAUUUUGGUAGCAUAGUGACAGAAUUUAACUGGUUCAGAUCACUGAAUAUAUCAACGUAUUUUAUGGACUUCUAAAAUGUUUUCUCAAAAAUGUACCAACAUCUGAAGUCUGCGGUACUGCAAUCUUUAGCUUUGGAACUUCUUAGAUUAAGAACCCUGUAGAGAUUCAGAGAGAAUUUGCUCGUCAGCUUGGGAAGUGAGAGCUAAUCAAAGUGAAAAAUCCAUCUUUUCUGGGCAGGCUUCUAUGCUUUUGCACAGCAGGCCAAAAUGUAUCUGGUCAGUCUAACUACACAUCUAACUACAUGGGGAAAGCCUGGUCCCACGCAUGACAGUUUAGAUGAGAUUCCCAAGCUUGCUUCACUUUUACUGCCAACACAGCAAGCAGAAAAUCAAAGUAGGUACUAAAUAGUUCUGCCACUAUGAUAUUCAAGGGUCAAAUAGUGCAACAACUAUUCUGAUGAACAAGAUCCUUAAUUUUAUAGCUGGAGCAGAAUGUAUGAUGUUUUGUAAAACCUCAUUUUCUACACAAAUCCAUCACAUUAAAGCAGAAAUAUUAAAACAAUUGAAGAAUAGCAAGUUAAAGUUCAUUUAAAAUGCAAAAUAAAUAUUUUUUUACUUUUCAAACGUACAGUAUUUGUACUUUAAAAGUAUAUCAGUCUACAAACUUUCAGUGCCACCUAUUGGCCACCAGAAGCAACUGCUGUUAACAAAUGGAAUUAACAGCAAAGAAACAUAUUUGAUUGAUGACAAGUUGUUGGUCAGAAAGGAGAUCUCAAAGUCUUACAAAUGCACAAUGUCAUUCUGCGUGAUUGCAAGUUAAUAGAUUGCUUGAUUCUAAAGAUUCUUCUAACUCCGCUACUGGAUUAUUAGUGAAAAACAGUAAAAAUGAAAUCAGUGUGUGCCUGUCCACAGCUCCAAGAUUAGGAAUUUAAAUAUUAAAUUGUAAGCCUGAAGGAUUUACAGUUGUGUGGACAGGACAUCUAAUAAUUUAAAACCUGAUAUUUAGGUGCACUUAUAGGAAUUCAGGAAAAACAGAUUGAAGUGGAAGUCAUCAGGGUAGAUAUUUUUCAACUCAGAAAGUGUCACCAAAAUCUCACAUCCUGAAAUUGCAAGCCCAACUGAAAAGUCCACUCACAAAUCAAGUAAGGCAGUGAUGAGGAUUAUAGAUACAAAUAUAAGAAGGAGCAGUAACUGGAUCUCUCUCUAGGGAGACUAGCUGAUGUGGCAUAUAUAAGAACUAACAGUUUACAUAAGUUUAAACACAAUUAAGUCAAGCCAACUGAAAACAGGUACGGGGAACCUGUGGCCCUCAGAUGUUGAUGGAUUACAAUUCCCAUCAGCCCUAGCAAGUGUGACCAAUGGCCAAAGAUGAUGGGAGUUGUAGUUCAGCAACACCUGAAGAGCCGCAGGUUCCCCACACCCGCUGUACAGAAAGAUUUGGCUCCAUAUUUGAAAAUACCAGGUCUGGUGUUAAAUUUUUUUACAGCAACCCACUAAGGAAAAUAGAAAUGUCAUUGUAAGCUAUUCAGUUUGGCAAGACAAGAGAGUUUAGCAU